UUCUGGACUCGCGAUUGCUCUUCUCGAGUGCGGAACUCGCUUUUGGUCAAAGUAUCAUGAAUCUGUUCAAACAAUUCAGGCGCUGGUCUCGUCGACUUGUGGCCAAGAAACGCCCCCAAUCUGACCCUACAGGAUAUCGCCAUCGUUCAACUCCAGCUGGUCAGCAACUCGCCAGAGAUCGCCCAACGUCCCUUCCGAUCCUUGCCUUUCAGAACUCGUCGUCUACUGAACCUUCGGUUUCACCUUCGUUUCUCCUGUCUCUACCCCCUCAGGCCUCUACUGCGCUGACGGCGAACAGCUCCACUUCUGGGCCUGUUGCGAGUCUCUUAGAACCGACGCUUUCAGUCCCUUCAGCCGAUUCAGGCAUAUCCAAAGGUCCUGGUGGGCUGGUUGAGCCUGGGAACUCUACAUCGCUGCACAAGCGUAUGCCUAGACUCGAAAAUUCCGCUCCGUCUGCACACUCUUCACUGGCGCCUCCGGUCACUCAGGACGCGUACAACGACCUACGCCGCCGCCUCACGUCCCUCGAAGCGGAGAACAAAGUACUCGAGAACAACCGCCAAGCAUUCAGCAACGCCAUCGAGAAUCUAGAGCGCGCUAAGCUCGAGCAGACGGCUGAACAGCAACAGGAGUGCGCCGGGAUCGACCUGCGCAUCGACUUCGGCAGGCGACAAAUCGAGAUUUUCGAGAAGCGCGAAGCUGCCCUCCGUGCUCUGUGCGAACGCAUGCUCCGUCUCACUGGCUACGACCCCAUCCUCCUCAGCGCCUAUGACACCGUUGACAACGUCAACCUCGACCCCGAAGUAGUACUGGCGACCCAUAUCCAGAUCGCCAUUCAGAACGGGCUCGACAUGUGGCACAAGAUCCUGCCUCCAGUCACUGGCGCGCGGCUCACCGACGACUUCCGCGCUGUCGACAGGCUCAAGCGGCAGUCUCUCACCGAGGCGGAGCAGGACUACAAGAUGAUGAAGCUCUGGCGCGAGAUCGCGAAGGAAAGCGGCGACCGGUCUGUCACUCCGUCCGUUUCCAACGUCUCGUCGCUUGGCGCUAUGCCACUCAGCGCCUCCCGCCAGUUCGCCGUCAACGACCUUCUCGACCGGUACCGCGAUGGGAGUAUGCCCCCUCGACGGUUCAGUGACCUGGAUGCGUCCGCCGUUGUGGAGCUACAUUCUCAGGGCAUGAGCUCUUCUGAGUCGUCCGACACGAUUCGGCCCGGAGAGAUGGUUGCAGAUCACCCCCCUCGUGACGAUGACACCCAUAGUGCGUCUCCAGAUGACCUAACGACCGACUCGGCUGGUGAUCCUGAGAGCGGCAAUUCAGUUCCACCGGAUGCAACAAUAUCGUCCUCCUUGAGCUCCCUUCCUUCCGACUCGCAGCUUUAUCGGCCUGAAAGUUUCCUGACUACUCAAUCUACGCGUCGAGACACUGUCUACGAAGAUGACGACCCUGCUGCGACGCCAAAGCCUCUCGCGUUCGACCCGAUCACGGCUCUGGACUGGCCUAUUUCCAUCGACGCCAUUCAGGGCAUCCUCUCCUCAGAGGGUUCCCUGCCUUUCCUCGACAUUAUCGACGGCGCGACGAACGCUAUUGUCGCGGCCCCCAGCCACGACGGCGACGCAGCGCCUACGACGUAUCCUAUCGCCAUGAAGUCAUCGUCAUCUCGCCGUUCGUCAGCCUCCGCUUCCUCUACGAGGCGACGCCGCACCUCGGUCACCUUCGCCACCGAUGCGGCAUCGAGGCCAGCUCCUCAGAUGCCUCCCAAGCGCCGGACUAGCAGACCGCGCGUCAGUGCGCCUAUGCUGCCGCCCGAUUACAGCGCUGUGCCUCCACCGCUUCCGGAAACGAAGGCGACAGCGACGCUCUCACGCCCUACGUCUAUCCUUCGGAUGCCGCACACGGUGGAAGGGAGUGCGUCCUUCGAGAGCAAUAUGGCAAGCCUUGGCUGAGACGCCGGGCCUACUGUGUACACGAACCCUGGUAUACUUGCGCCCCUGUGCUAGACUCCUUCGUUCUGGAUGGCGUCGCCUUUCUUGCGCAUUGGACCACAUGUAUAUCGGGAGCUCUUUGUUCGGUCCUGUCGCUUAAGGCAUCAUGUUGGCAUCAUGCAUAUCUCCGUGCGUCUCGGUAUUUCCUACCUUGUGCAGGCAACAUUGUCCGGUUACUCAAUCUAUCUCACAUGGCAAAGACUGGG